UCUGAAAUGUUAAAUGAGCGUCAACUUUACCUUAAGUUACUAUAGUAUUCCGGCAAAAAUGUUAGCACACGCUCAGUAACUGAAGCUAACUCACGUUAGCAUAUUAGCAUGUGAUGCCUCUGAGAUGGCUUUAUGUUAGCUGGCGUUACCUAGCUUUGCUACCGUUAACCAAAUAAGAGGCCGCGCUUCAUUGACAAGGUUGUUGGUUAACUUGUAGCUUGCAACAGCCGUUUUCGGCCGUUCUCAAGCCAUAGACGAAUAGGAUAAACACUGUCAAGCUGUUGUUUUUAUGUAGCGAAAAUGUUGACUCCAGUUGUCUGAGUAGACUGGCUUGCUAGCGUAUGCUAACCACAGCCCGGGGCCCAAGGGUGUCAAAGCGGUUCUCUUUAAUCAAACUGACUUUUAAAGACGACGUCUUAUGCAGUGGUCAUGUUACAGCGUUAUUGUAAAGAAUGCGAUGAUUACAUAGUUUGAUUUUACCUGCUCACACAGUAGAGACCGUAACCAUUUGGCCUGGAGGAGAAGCCUGCAGUGCUAAAGUCCAUCCCUGAGCAUGAUUAGCUGGUUGUGGUGGAGGUGAGGAAGCAUGGAGUGGAAAUUUGGGGUGUCAAGACAAACGUGAUGACAGCAUGGUCCAUGGUGGAGAAGCUCAAAAUGGAAAAACGCCCGUGCAGGGAGGAGAACAUUGACUCAAGCGAAGUGCAGCAUACCACUGAUGAGUCUGAGGAUGGAAGCAGCUCAGAUAGCGAAUCAGAAGAGCAGCAACACCGGAGUGUUCAGGUGAACAGCAGUAGCUGUAAGAGAAGGGAGCCACUGGCUGUAACAAAACCCCACCGACAGCUCUGUCGCUCCCCAUGCCUUGAUCGGCCCAGUUUUUCCCAGAGUAGCACUGUGCAAGACUUUCGUGAGGAUGAGACCAACACAGUACAAGGCGUUAAGCCUGCCAGUGAGAGAGAGUACCAGACUAAGAAGGAAUUUGCUUUGAAGUUGGGCUAUUCGGGAGAGCAGGUUGAAACUGUGCUCAACAAGUUAGGGUCUGCUGCGCUUAUUAACGAUGUUCUUGCUGAGUUAGUACGGCUUGGAAACAAAGCAGAGCCUGAAAACCAGUCUUGCAGCAGCAGUACAGCCACGCCAAUAUCACGCUCCCCCUGUGUUAAAGAGACUGUUAGUCCCGAAGUGUCAGUGGAAGAGGAAUCUGUGGAUAGCUUUGAUAACCUCAGGCCUAUCGUCAUCGAUGGCUCAAAUGUGGCAAUGAGCCACGGAAACAAAGAGGUGUUCUCUUGCCGUGGCAUCCAGCUUGCUGUUGAAUGGUUUCUGGAGAAAGGACACAAAGACAUCACUGUGUUUGUCCCAGCCUGGAGGAAGGAGCAGUCAAGACCCGAUGCCCUCAUCGCAGAUCAAGAAAUCUUACGCAAGCUGGAGAAAGAGAAGAUCUUGGUUUUUACCCCGUCUCGGAGAGUUCAAGGCAGGAGAGUGGUUUGCUAUGAUGAUCGCUUCAUAGUGAAGCUGGCUUAUGAUUCUGAUGGAAUUAUUGUGUCAAAUGACAACUACAGAGACUUGCAAAAUGAGAAGCCAGAAUGGAAGAAAUUUAUAGAAGAGCGACUCCUAAUGUACUCAUUUGUCAAUGACAAGUUUAUGCCACCUGAUGAUCCAUUGGGAAGACAUGGACCAAGCUUAGAAAAUUUCCUGCGCAAACGCCCCGUUGUACCAGAGCACAAAAAACAACCUUGCCCCUAUGGAAAAAAAUGCACAUAUGGACAUAAGUGCAAGUACUAUCACCCAGAGCGUGUCAACCAGCCACAGCGCUCCGUGGCUGAUGAACUACGGGCCUUUGCCAAAUUGUCUGCAGUGAAAACAAUGAGUGAAGGGGCUUUAGCUAAGUGUGGGACUGGUCCAGCAACUGUAAAGGGGGAUAGCAACUCUGAGGCCAAACGCGUGGCACCCAAACGUCAGUCUGACCCCAGCAUCCGUUCAGUGGCUUGUGAACCUCCAGAGGCACUGUCCGCCAUUAGGAAGUCUGAGACAAAUUCAGUGCCUUCCCUCGUGUCUGCUCUCAGUGUGCCCACAAUGCAGCCAGCCAAGAGCCACGCAGCUGGUGCCUUGAACACACGAUCAGCCAGCAGCCCAGUGCCAGGUUCUUUGCAGUUUUCUCACAGUUCUCUGGAGCACAUGUCUAGUGUACAGUACCCUCCUAUUUUAGUUACUAAUAGUCAUGGCGCCUCUGUAACAUAUAGUGAACAGUUCCCAAAGUAUGACUCAGUUAGUGACCAUGGCUAUUAUUCCCUGCACAGUGAUUUUUCAAAUAUGAGCAUGAGCAGCAUGCAUAAUGUUGACAGUUUCUGUAGCAUGGAGCACGAGCAUGUGUAUCAGAGAAACCCCAGCCACUGCCCUGAAUCCUGCCUCAGCCAUUCAAACAGUGACUCGUUCUCAUCUUAUGGGGACCUGUACCCAAGCUCUGUGGACAGUAGCUUAGAGGAGAGUAUGAAGGGGCAGCAGCAGUCUCCUGCACAGACUAGGAUGCAAGCGUUCUCCCACGGGUUUCGUCAUGAAGCGCUGACUAGGGUACAGAGUUACGGACCAGAGGAGCCAAAGCAAGGCCCACGUAAGCAGGCUGGGUCUCAUCUAGCACCACAUAUCCAGCAUGCUGCAGUGGGAGCCAGGUCCAGCUGUCCUGGAGAUUAUCCCCUAACUCAGAAUGUUCUCCCACCUUUGUCCUCACAACCCACACGCUCGCUAGGUAUGACUCGUAUGGACAGCAUAUCGGAUUCGAGGCUAUAUGAUAGCAACCCAAUGAGACAGAGGCGACCUCCACUGUGCCGUGAGCAGCAUGCAAGCUGGGACCCUCUCCCUUGUGGUAAUGAGUCCUAUGAAUAUCAUUCAUAUCCACUGAGUAACAGCUUGAUGCCAUGUUGUGAGCGGGUGAUGGUCCGCAGCAUGCCAGACAAAAUGGAACAAAUCUGGAACUCGCCAUGGGAGGCCCCAUCUGGAGCUGAACACCAAGAGCGGUAUGCUAUCCCAGACCACCAGUAUCAAACAUACAGGAACCUUUGUAACAUCUUUCCUGCUUACAUAGUCCACGCUGUAAUGGAGAAGAACCCUCAUUUGACAGACCCGCAACAACUUGCCGCUGUCAUUGUUACAAAACUGAGGUCAUGCCACUGAACAGUUAAUUGUAUGAAACUUUCAAAAUGGAUUUAAUAAGAGAAAUUAGGAUUUCUUUGCAAAGAUAGGCAUAUGUUAAAUGUUGCUCCAUGUGCAACGUCUGCCCUCAGGAGUUAGUCAUUUUUAAAUGUUUCUGGUAGGAUAGAGAACAUUUUUGUAUGAAGUGGGGUGUAGCUGAUACAAGCCAACACCUUAUUAGAAAUCUGGUUCAUAACGUAUUCAUACUACCUGAGCAGGAACAGGGAAGCAGCGUCUGUUUAACAUGACAGGUAAUUCCUGUAUUGUCAUUAACCUUUGGCAGUACUGUACGGUGUCCCUUAAUGUGGAACAUAAUACUGCUGUAUUUAAAUGACGUUACAUGUUGUACAAAGUUGUAGAGGCUGAAAACAAUAUGAAAUAUUCAAUCCAUUUUGUAAAACAUAUAAAUAAAGUAAUGUGUGAAAUAAGAAAUAAUGAAAUCAACAAGCUAACAUUCUAGGUAGGUUGUAAGCACAGAAGACAGUUUAUUAUAGGAAUUAAAAUUGGCUGAUUAAUUCAGAGAGCAAUCUUUUAAAGACCAAAAAACACUAAAAGCCAUUAUUCAUUUCUUCAUUUCAAAUCAACAGCUUGAUGAAGUUUCGAAUGCUGGCACUUGUGAGCUAAUUGACAAGCUUGCUAGAAAGUUAGCAUUAGUUGGCAAACACAUAUAUACAUAUAUAUAUAUAUAUAUAUGUGUGU